UUUUGGGGUCCUCCAAAGGGGCUUCGUUAGCAUGUUGUUAGCAGAGAGUUAGCAGAAAAUUCAAGUUUAAUUUGUUUUCAAGAUAAACCGGUCACUUCUUAUGAAAUUUUGCCAUGACGAUAGUGAUUGGGUUUGAGGGCAGUGCCAAUAAGAUCGGAGUGGGCAUUAUCCGAGAUGGAGAGGUGCUUUCGAACCCAAGAAGGACCUACAUCACCCCUCCUGGACAAGGUUUUAUGCCCAGUGACACGGCCAGACACCACCGCGCCGUCAUCCUCACUGUUUUAAAAGAGGCUCUGGAUGAAGCUGGACUCAAGCCUCAAGACAUCGACUGUGUGGCCUAUACUAAAGGUCCUGGGAUGGGCGCUCCUCUGGUCACUGUGGCUCUCGUGGCUCGGACCGUGGCUCAGCUCUGGAACAAACCUCUGCUGGGAGUGAACCACUGCAUCGGACACAUCGAGAUGGGACGCCUCAUCACCAAAGCUCACAACCCCACGGUGCUCUACGUCAGCGGAGGAAACACACAGGUCAUCGCUUACUCCGAGCGACGCUACAGAAUAUUUGGAGAGACCAUUGACAUCGCCGUCGGGAACUGUCUGGACCGAUUUGCCCGAGUUAUAAAGAUUUCCAAUGACCCCAGUCCAGGCUACAACAUCGAGCAAAUGGCCAAAAAAGGGACUCAGUAUGUGGAGCUGCCGUACACAGUGAAGGGAAUGGACGUGUCUUUUUCAGGCAUUUUGUCUUAUAUAGAAGAAGCGGCCAAUAAGAUGUUAGGUUCUGGGGAAUGCACAGCAGAAGACCUGUGCUUCUCUCUGCAGGAGACACUGUUCUCGAUGCUGGUGGAGAUCACGGAGAGGGCCAUGGCUCACUGCGGCUCACAGGAGGUGCUGAUCGUCGGAGGAGUCGGCUGUAACCUCCGUCUGCAGGAGAUGAUGGGAGUCAUGUGUGAAGAGAGAGGAGCCAAACUCUUCGCUACUGACGAACGGUUCUGCAUCGACAAUGGGGCCAUGAUUGCUCAAGCCGGAUGGGAGAUGUUCAGAUCCGGGCAGGUCACAGAGCUGGAGGACUCAUGGAUCACACAAAGGUUCAGGACAGAUGAAGUGGAGGUGACGUGGAGAGACUGAUCUUUGGACUCCUUUUGGCCCAGAGCUAGUUUCAUUUAUGCCUCAUUGACUCUUAAAUCACAAAAAUCACAUGGUGCUUGGCGGGACUACCGCGUUUGUGAUUUGGAAAGAGGUCACAUUGGAGACUGUAAUAUAUCGGACGGUGUGAGUUUAGACUGCAGUAUUUCCACAGAGAUGUCAAUUGAUACUUUGCACUGACAUCACGCUGGGGGUGUUCUACAUAUAUCUGGUGAUGUUGGAUGGAAAUGUUUCUGUAGUUACCAUGGAUACACAACACACACAGGAGCAAAAACUGUCAAAAAAGACUUAAAAUUGUCAGGAAAAAAAUACAAAAUGGAUUUAAACGAAACAUUUUAGGAGUCUGUGAUCGAUACGAGUUCUUGGUCCUGUUUAGGUAUUUCCAACAAGAAGGUGAGACUGAAAAACUGGCUACCUUGUUAUUGCAGUUUCACCUGUUGUAGUUAAGAGAAAGCUCAGAUUAACGUUGAGCACAUAAUUUGAUUAACUGAGCUUCAAACAGUGCAGAAUGUUUAGGACAUCAGCUGCAAAGUAUAGGAUGACCAGACGUGUCCCUAUUUACCCUCGACAGUCCCAGUUUUGUCCCCCGUCCCUGGUCUGAUUUGUCAGCCGGUUUCUGACCUCGCAGCAUUACAGUUCGUUCGCUCGAUGGUAGGUGGGUACUAUUUUAAAAUUUAACCAAUCGCUGCUAUUUGGUCGUGACGCAUGUCAUGCUCCACUAACGAGGCUAACUGGUAUAUUAAGCUUUUCCCAAAUCCCGUAGGGAGGAGGACAAUAACGUCUUUCUCCUUGAUAAAAUUCACCAAAACAUUCUUUGUUCCGGCUUUAAAUCUUCGAUCUCGGGAAUCGUUGCCAACACAGAAAUUUUUCAAUAAAUAUUUAGUUUGGCCCACGACUUAGUCCCAGUUUUUAAUUUUGGCCUUAUGUGAAUUUGGGUUUGACACUCCUGGUCUAAACAAAAGGCACUUCUGAUAAAAUAUUUUUUCGUUUUUACCCACAAGCGUAAAAAAGUAGCUGUUAAACUGCCACUACAUGACAUCACAAGGUGGAACAGAGCAAUUAGAGCUUUGUGAAUGAAACAAAACACAACUGCAGGCAUAAAACUGUAAAAUGUACAUAAGCAUCAACAGAAUUUAGCAACAAAACAAAAUAUGAAUUUCUGUUUGUACACAUUUUUAAAUAAAUAAAGAAAAAAACACA